AUGGAUUCUUCGGGACCUGUGGGUGAUGCUUCGGCACCGUACCCGAAACUUGAGUGGCAGACAAACUUAGAUAUUCCUUUGAAAGCGUCGGAAGAAGUCGUUAGCAUUGACCUCCAAAAUGAUUUGCCUGAUGAUCCUGCAGAUUUGCGAACGCUUUUGGUGGAAGAAGGCUCUGACAAAGCCUACUGGCUUUCAAUUGCUUUAGCUUAUUGCAAUCAAGAAAAGGUCAAAGAGUCGGUUGAAUUGAUUAAAGUAGCACUUGACGUUUUUCAAGGUCCACAAUCGGCAUGGUUGCACUCAUUUUUGACUUGGGCGUACCUGAGGCUUGCCAAGGAACAAAGUCCGGAUUUUCAAACCAGAGAUUACAAUCUUAACCAAGCCGAAAUGCAUUUGAAAGAGUCUAUAACCAUUGACCAUGCAUGGAUUGGGAACAUGGUAGCUACCGUUGACUUAUACUAUCAAAGGGAUCUGUACGAUAAGGCCCUUGAAACUGCCGAUGUCUUCAUCAAGAAUAUUCAUGCGGAAGAUGCAAGGAAUGGGAAACAACCUAAAUCGAACGUCAUGUUUCUGCUAUUGAGAGCGAAGCUACUCUAUCAAAAGGGUAAUUAUACCGCAAGUUUAAGGCUAUUUCAGGAACUUCUGGUCCUCAACCCUGUCUUGCAGCCUGAUCCUAGGAUUGGCAUUGGUUUGUGCUUUUGGCAGCUCAAGGAUUAUAAGAUGGCUAUUCGGUCAUGGAAAAGAGCGAAGGAGUUGAACCCUCAGAACGGUAAUGUGAAGAUGUUAUUGCUAAUGAGCGAAUUUCACGAGAUAUUGUCAGAAGCUGCUGAUGAUGAAGCCUUUAAGUCGAGUUAUACUCAGGCUCUCAAAAAUCUUAAAACGGUUUAUGCGGAAAACCCAGACAACGCGGCUCUACUGGUACUUUUCCAAAGCUACUGUUAUUUUAAAGGUGACUAUGAAAAGGCAAUCGGCAUUUACCAGAAAAAAAUACUUCCCCGUGCUCAAAUGACAUCCAGUACCAUUUUCUCGGAAUCUGCUUUCUGGUGUGGGAGAGCUCAUUACGCCCUAAAAAAUUACAAAAAAGCCUUCCUUCAAUUUCAAGAAAGUCUCAAAUCUAAUGAAGAUAAUUUCCUGGCGAGAUUUGGCUUAGGGCAAACGCAACUGCAAAAUAGUCUUGUUGAAGAAGGAAUUUUAACUUUUGAAAAUCUUUACAAGACACAAGAAAACAUGCAAGAGCUGAAUUACAUUUUGGGACUUCUUUAUGGUGCCAAAUGCUUGUCUGAAGAUCCGCAAAACCCGAUUUCUUCAAUCGAGAAACAGAAGUUCUCUAGUAAAGCAGUGCAGAUGUUGGAAAAAUAUGUGAAGUUAACAAGAACAAAGAAUAGUCAACUCCUGAUGUUGAAAGCCUAUCUAGUUCUUGCUGAACUUUACCAGCACCAGGGCCAGCACAAGACUUCUUUGGAUUAUCUCCUCAGGUCUCUCGAACAGCUCGAGACCUGUGGGGUGACUAGUCUGCCCUUUGAACUUUUGAACAAUAUCGGUGCUCUUUGUUUCAUUAACGGAAAUCCUCAAGAGUCUCAGACGUAUUUUGAAAGAGCUCGUGAGGUUUUCGGAAAAUCACUCGAGAAUGACGGUCGUGGAAUAACAAUACAGUACAAUCUUUCAAGAGCACUGGAAGGUCAUGAUGCCGAAGCAGCGCAGGGCAUGUAUGAAGAGAUUAUUAAGGAACAUCCUGGUUAUAUUGAUGCCAGAGUAAGGAGACUUUGCUUGAGAUUAAUGAAAGACGGGAAUGAUGAACUUUCUACAGAUAUGAGUGAGUUGAUCGCUGAGUUUCCAUCGAACUUGGAUGCGAGGUCUUUUUAUGGCUGGUACCUAAAGAAUAAAGCUGUAAACACGAAUGAUGAAAAAGGUCAAAGCCUGGAAAGUGCUCACAAUAGAGAAACUCUUGUAAAGUAUGAUUCUCAUGAUACCUACGCCCUCACGUCGCUUGCCAACUUGUACGUCACGAUAGCGAGGGACAAUAAAAAAUCUUCUUCAAGGGAUGAAGAGAAAUCAAAACAAUCUUUCGUAAAGGCAAUUCAGCUUUACCAAAAAGUCUUGCAAAUUGAUCCGUUUAAUAUUUUCGCAGCACAAGGGCUCGCCAUUGUCUUCGCGGAAAACAAAAGGAUGGGUCCGGCUCUGGAUAUUCUCAGGAAGGUCAGGGAUUCUUUAGACAAUGAAUCUGUGCAUAUUAAUUUGGGACACUGUCUAGUUGAGAUGCAUGAAUUUUCUAAAGCGAUCGAAAACUAUGAGAUUGCUAAGAGGAGGUUUGAAAACGAGAAAAGUAAAGCAUUGCUGGCAAAUGUGCUGGGGCGUGCAUGGUAUUUGCGUGGUGUAAAAGAACGCUCUCUUGAAUGUUUUAAAAAGUCUCUGGCGUGUGCUGAAGAAGCAUUAAAUUUAGAGAAGGCAAAGAGUGAGAGCAAAGUGGUCCCAAGUGUUUCUUUCAAUGUUGCGCUAUUGCAUUUUCAAAUUGCUGAAACCCUCAGAAGAUCCACCUUCAAGCAGAGGACAUCGCAAGAUCUUGAAGACGCGUUGAAGGGUCUCGAAACAGGUAUUUCUUUACUAGAGGAGCUUCUUGCAUCCAAGAGCAACCUCAUACCAGUGGAAGAACUCGAGCAACGUGUUCAAUUAGGAAGAACGACUAUGAAGAGUGCUUUACAAAGAUGCAUAGCCGAGCAAGCCAAGUUUGAGGCAGAUGUGUCCGAAAAAUUGGCUAACGCCCGCAAGGCCAUGGAAGAAAGUGAGCUUAAGGAGCAGGAGCAUCUCCGGCAACUCGACGAACAAGACAGGAUAAAGAAGGACCAAGAGAAUGAAAUGUUCCGAAAAUUGCAGGAAGAGACUCGUAAAUUGAUGCAAGAAAGGGCUGAAUUGGAUGCAAUGGUCGACAUCAAAAAUGAUGAUGGGUCUCUCAGCGGUGACGAAGAGUUUAAAAACGAUGGAUCAAGGAAGAAGAAAAAGAUUGCAAAAAGGACGAAAAAACAAGAAGGUGAGGAGGAACCCGUGAAGAAAAGAAAAGCAAAACGUAUGGUCAUUGGUGAUGAUGAAGAUGGAGAAGGUGAUGAAGUCAGACAAACGAAGCGUUCUAAAAAACAAUUUCUGUCCAAGGAAUUAAUCGAAGACAGUGACGAAGAGUCGGAGGCUAACGUAUCUGAAAAGGAAAACGAAUCAGGUGAGCCAAGUCCGCCAAACGGCGACAACGAAGAGGGGCUGUUUUAA